AUGCCCUCCCAAGACUUCACCCAAAUCCCCAUCAUUGAUAUCUCAUCCCCCACGCCCCAAACCCUCUCUUCUCUCCGCACCGCCCUCACAGACAUCGGCUUCCUCUACAUCUCCAACCACUCCGUCCCCACCUCCACGAUAACAUCCCUCAUCAACAUCCUCCCAGACCUCUUCGCCCUCUCACCCCAAGCAAAACAAGAAAUUGCGCUGGAAAACUCGCCUCACUUUUUAGGUUACAGCGCUGCUGGCACGGAAACUACAGCUGGGCAAACGGAUCUGAGAGAACAGGUUGAGCUUGCGACGGAACUUGACAAAGCACCUGAUGAUGCGCCGCUGUACGAUGGGCUGAGGGGUCCGAAUCAAUGGCCAUCUGGGCUUCCGGAGCUAAAGGGUGUUGUUACGCGGUAUAUUGAGGAACUUACACUACUAGGCGAAUGCUUUUUGAGACUUGUUGCGAAAGCUCUUGAUCUUCCGGAUGACAUCUUCUUCUCAUACCUAUCCGACCAACACCGUCUUAAACUAGUCCACUACCCAGCUUCAACAAUAUCAUCCCAAGGCGUCGGUCCGCACAAAGACUCCUCAGGAUGGUGGACAUUCCUCCUCCAAGCAUCCCCCCAAGUAAGCGGUCUCCAAGUCCUCAACAAAUCCGGCUCGUGGAUCGACGUGCCCGCCAUCCCGGACACUUUCGUCGUCAACAUCGGCCAAGCAUUCGAAGUCGUCACCAACGGCGUAUGCAAAGCGACUACACACCGCGUCCUAUCAUCCCCAGAGGAAAGAUUCAGCGUUCCGUUCUUUCAAGGUGUGCGACGUGAUUUGACGAGGAGUGAAGCAAUGACUUCGUUGAAGGAGCAUUUUGAACGCUGGGGUGAAGGGGAGGAGGCGG